AUGCUCCUCCGUACGCACCGGUGUGCUUCCUACCGUUGCCUCCCUCACCUACGCCUUGUCAAAGUAACAAAAAUAGCAGCAAUCAUUCCAAUGUAAGUCGAAUACAGGUACCAUAAAUACCGUCUUAAAAGUGUACCUCUAAUAUAAGAGUAAGUUAGGCUGGUCGAACAGGCGGUUUCAGGCGCCUGCGCCUGAAAAAUCAGGCUCCUGAAAACCAGGCGCCUGUUUUUUUCAGACACCUGUUCGACCAGCCUAGAGUAACUGUAAUAGAAGAGCGCCACUGAUGACAGUACUACAGUACUGUUGAAUUAUUAAUUAAACUUACUUUAAUCACAGUGCUCGUUUUCCAAAUGGAGUGCCCGUUUUCCAAAAUUAAAAUCAAGAGAGAAUCACGGGCCGGCAAAGCAUACGGAGGAGUGGAAAUUAUGAAGCUGUAACUUCUCUCAGAAACCUUACAUUUACCUCUGACCUGGCUCAUUUUGAAAAACCCAGUAAAAUUAAGCUCUUAUCGAAAAAUCAGAGGUCCCUAUGUUCGAUUUCUGGAAAUAUAUUGAAAAAACCGAAAGUCCUAUGUAUGAAAAGCCGGGCCGUGGAGAAUGAAUAAAUUUCUGUUCGCAUUUUCAGGAAUCUUUUGGGAUACAUAGCUGGAAUACAGAACCACGAGAGGUUGAUGAUAUUGUAAUGAGGACUACCAGAGAGAACCUUGAAUACUUCAAUAAUGGACCAGGCCCCUUGAUGAGAGCCCGAUCUCACUCGCCAAGAAAAAUGAAACGGAAUUAUAAUAAUAGAACACUGAAAAGUAAAUCAAAGUCGCCGAGCAAACAUGGCUCGUUUACCGUGAUUAAUCAGUUGGAUUACUUGAACUCUCAAUGUCAUCUGGAAGGAUGUCGCGCUGAUAUCGUAGUUCAUGUGAGUAUACUGGUGAAAAUAUUCAUUAUCAUGUCUGUUGAAUUCUAGUCAACCCGAUUCAUGUUGUGUCGACAUCAAUUAUGUCAUGCAUCUGUGUUCUUCAAAGAACUACUCAGCAAACAGGAAGCAAACAAAGACUAUUAUGUAACUAGAACAUUAUUUUCAUGACGCAAAAAAUUCUUCCAGGUUUCCGUGUCGAGUAUGCCAGAUCCAUCACCAUCCACACAGUUUAGAUGGUUUGUGGAAUCUUCCAUCCCUUGCCCUGCUCUGAAAGAUAUUACUGGUCAACUAGUUCUUCUUUGAGUGCAUCAAGUUGUGUAAAUUUAGAUGAAACUAUAGAGACAUGCAUGCGGUUAUCACGAAGGUUUCAAGCAAAAGGAUUAGAACUGAGAUGCUCAAAAUACCUCAUAGAAAAUGUGAACUAAUCUUUAUGUAAACUGUAUCAUUGAAAAUUUUCAGCGUUGUAAUCGUCAGCCAAUUGUCAUUUUGUGUUGGCUUAACUGGACACUAAAGCAUAAUUUUGAUAUUCAAACGCAAAUGGCUCUUCUACCUUCCGUGUCGCGUUUGUCUCUAAAUUCAUUAGAACGUCACAGACACAUGAUCACGGAAAGCAUAUAUUCGAACAUUGUCACCGCAAAAUUGAGAAGCACUUAUGAUAAGGUAAGACUUGCUGAGCAUCUCAGAGAAUAAUGCUUCCAUACGUUCCAGACUGUCCAAGUUUUUUUGGAUAUUCACAAACUAGACCACUUUUCUGUUGACGUGGAGAUAUGCCCUAGGUGUAAUAGAACUAAAGAUGGGUUGAAAAUAAAAGUUUAUUCAGAUCCUUGCAGGUACUUUUUAAAACUUUUGUAUGAGGUUUUUCUAAGCCAAUUUUUACUUUGGUCGACCACGUUUUUUUCUACAGUACUAAAAAAUCCACGUCCACGGCCUCGAACCGCCCAUCGACUUUUUUUUCUAGUCCCCGGCGAAACUGAUGAAAUUGCACGGCCCGGCUUUUCAUACAUAGGACUUUCGGUUUUUUCAAUAUAUCUCCAGAAAUCGAACAUAGGAACCUCUGAUUUUUUGAUAAGAGUUCAAGUUUACUGGGUUCUUCAAAAUGAGCCAGGUCAGAGGUAAAUGUAAGGUUUCUGAGAGAAGUUACAGCUUCACAAUUUCCACUCCUCCGUAUGCUUUGCCGGCCCGUGAAUUGAAAAUCCGGCUCUCAUAUUUAAGAAUUUCGAUAGCUAUAUGUAGUAAAAAGUGAGAAAAAGUUUGGUCUUAGGGACAAAUAUUUUGUUUUUGGGUCACGCGGAUUAGGCAAUUUUUUUGCAGGUUGUAACGACAGAAUACAGGCGGGAAAUUCAAACGGUGUGUAAAAUGCUCCCGCUCUGGCAUUUCGUUAUUAAUCUAACGGCGGCCUAAUAAGAUUGAUAUGACACCUAAUUAGAUUAAUAAAUUGUCUAGCUAGAUUAAUAAAUCUCCUAGCUAGAUAAAUAAGUGCUCAAAUUUUGAUCAAAUCAAGUUUCACGCCAACCGUCUGCUGGCUCAAAUCUCGAUUGCGCCAAGAAAAAACAGCCGACCACAACUAGUUCUGAUUCGGCGUAGCCUCGUUUUUCGUAUUUUCUCAAGAAUAUUAAUUUUGAAGUUCAAAUUCAGUCUAUUCUUUGAUAUCGUCCAAGUUUUAAUUGGUUGUAGGUCUUUUGAAGCGAGAUCCAGAUUCACAUGUUAUAUAAAAGUUUUGCCGAAGUUUUGCAACAUGAAAUGUCUAGGCAACGAGUCGCUUUGUGCACUCACUCACUUGCGCCCUUUCUGUGUGCGGUAUUGGAUACGUAGCGAAACUGACGCGGUCGAUCUUGCUCAAAAAUGUAUUAGAAGUCAGUUUAUUUUUCUGUGAGUUUAGAAAACAAAUCGGUUGUGAUCGAUGUUAUCACGAAGGUUGUGAAAUAGGAUCGAAGUCCAUCCAGGAUAUGCAAGCUUUCUUCAAAUGCCCACAUAAAUUGAUCCCUCUCAACGAUUCCACUAAUGACUGCUACUGUCAGAUUCCCGCGUUAACUCAGUACUUAGGUAUGUGACCGGGAAUCUUACAUCCUCGUUACAAGAAACGCCUAACGAUUAGCCUGUUUCAGGACAACAUGGUCGUCUUCGCCAUGAUGAAAACGAUGACGACUACCUUGUUCCUUCUGAACAUCUUCGGGGUGCAAGGAAUGUGAAAGAUAAUCCCAAUGACUAA